AGGCGGGAGUGAAGUCUCGCGAGAAGAGGAGGUUUCGUAGCGGAGCCCUCUGGCUGAGCGUCUGAGGAUCCGCCGCCGGAUCCGCGGACGGUUUAGUGAGCCCGUUAGUGCCCCUGCCGAGACUCGCGUCGCCGUCAUGUCCCGCUACCUGCGCCCCCCCAACACGUCUCUGUUCGUAAGGAACGUGGCCGACGAUACCAGGUCCGAAGAUUUACGACGAGAAUUUGGUCGUUAUGGUCCUAUAGUUGAUGUGUAUGUUCCACUUGAUUUCUACACGCGUCGUCCAAGAGGAUUUGCUUAUGUUCAAUUUGAGGAUGUACGUGAUGCCGAAGACGCUUUACAUAAUUUGGACAGAAAAUGGAUUUGUGGACGCCAAAUUGAAAUACAGUUUGCACAGGGGGAUCGGAAGACUCCAAAUCAAAUGAAAGCCAAGGAAGGGAGGAACGUGUACAGUUCUUCACGCUAUGAUGAUUAUGACAGAUACAGACGUUCUAGAAGCCGAAGUUAUGAAAGAAGAAGAUCAAGAAGCCGGUCCUUUGAUUACAACUAUAGAAGAUCUUAUAGUCCUAGAAACAGUAGACCGGCUGGAAGACCACGGCGUAGCAGAAGCCAUUCCGACAAUGAUAGAUUCAAACACCGAAAUCGAUCUUUUUCAAGAUCUAAAUCCAAUUCAAGAUCACGGUCCAAGUCCCAGCCCAAGAAAGAAAUGAAGGCUAAAUCACGUUCUAGGUCUGCAUCUCACACCAAAACUAGAGGCACCUCUAAAACAGAUUCCAAAACACAUUAUAAGUCUGGCUCAAGAUAUGAAAAGGAAUCAAGGAAAAAAGAACCACCUAGAUCCAAAUCUCAGUCAAGAUCACAAUCUAGGUCUAGGUCAAAAUCUAGAUCAAGGUCUUGGACUAGUCCUAAGUCCAGUGGCCACUGAUAGUAUAAACCUUGAUAUUUUUAGGCAUGUAUCAUUCAUUUACUCAUAGUUUGGUUUACUUAAAUUAUCAGGAAUACAAUGUUGCAAUGAUGCUUAAAAAAAACACUUGUCAGUUUUCCCUGUACCAGGCAAAUGGUUAUAAUUAAAAUGAUAUGCUGUUGAGAAGCCACUCUUAAGAGUCCAGUUUGUUUAAUGUUAUGGGCAGCUACCAAUUUGUGGUGUCUCUGUAUAUUUUUGUAAAGAUUCUCAUUUUUUAUGCUUGAAGUAUUGGUGAAAAGAUGUUGGUUGACCAUAAUUUGCAACAUUGUCUUAUUAAAAAUAAACUUUCAUAUCCAUAUUUGGUAGAACUGUUAACCUAGAAAUGUAGCUUGCUAAUAAGAUAGAAUGAUACAAAAGUGAGUUGUAGCCACAGUACAACACUGACUGAUCAGACACAUUUAGGUUCAGGGUGGACCUUUUUGUCUUGUUGAGAUGUUUAGGCCCGUGAUAAUAAUAGUUAAUUUAUGACAGCGUGGAAUAGUUCUUUUGUUAACCCCACUGUCUUGGGGAAUGAUGCCAACUGGGUUAAGUAGGAUUUGGGGGACGAUUGAGUGUUUUGACCGAAACAUGGAGCCUUCACUGCUUUUUUCUGUUUUCUAUGAAGAGUUGGAACAUACAAACACGGGAAGAACUCAAACCUUAAAAUUUGAGCAGGACAAUGAUGGCAGAAAUAAUUUCAAGGGAAAAAAAAAUGCUCUCAUGUAGUUACUCUAAACUUUAAGGAGCAUUGUUGGUCGUAUUGCUUAGUUUUCUUACUGCUGUUAAAAAAAGCAGCAAGUAAAUUGUUUCAAAGUAGGUUUUGUUUAUGCAUAUGCAUAGUGUAAAACUGAAUUUUGAUGCUUCUAGCACUCGGUCUGUGCGUUUGUAUCAAAAUUUGCCUGCUACUUUAUGAAGGAGGCUUGUUCUUCACACUUCAGUUUAUUUCAUGUGAGGCAAGUUGAAGGAGAACACUCCCACUCUAGGUGUUUCCGUGGUGCCAUGAAAUUUAAAAUAUUUUGGAAAAAGAAUUUUCAGUAGGAAUCUCAUCUCUUUGAGUUUGAUUAUCAAUGUAGUACCUGGCAGUACCUGACUAAAACAAAACAAAACAACAAAAAAACCCAAUACCCUAACCAUUUAUAAUUUUUAGCAUUUCUCUGAGAGAUCUUUUGGGGACAAUAAAAGGGACAUGUCCAGUCUCAUUUCAGAAUAAAAGCUAGCAUCUUUAAAAUUUUAGAUUGCUUGCUUGCAGGUAUAAGUAAAUAUUGUGGGGAAACGAUUCCUUUUAGAGGAUUACUUUUUUUGAUUUUGGUUUUAGUAAUAUAGGCCUUGCCUGUAAAGAACAAAAGAUGGUUUUUAAAUACUGUUUGUGGAAUGUGUUUAAAGGAUUGAUUCUAGAACCUUUGUAUAUUUGAUAGUAUUUCUAACUUUCAUUUCUUUACUGUUUGCAGUUAAUGUUCAUGUUCUGCUAUGCAAUCAUUUAUAUGCACGUUUCUUUAAUUUUUUAGAUUUUCCUGGAUGUAUAGUUUAAACAACAAAAAGUCUAUUUAAAACUGUAGCAGUAGUUUGCAGUUCUAGCAAAGAGGAAAGUUGUGGGGUUAAACUUUGUAUUUUCUUUCUUAUAGAAGCUUCUAAAAAGGUAUUUUUAUAUGUUCUUUUUAACAAAUAUUGUGUACAACCUUUAAAACAUCAAUGUUUGGAUCAAAACAAGACCCAGCUUAUUUUCUGCUUGCUGUAAAUUAAGCAAACAUGCUAUAAUAAAAACAAAAUGAAGGAAAUAAUGAUUAACUGGAAUUAUUAUAGUUUUGAAUGAGAUUCUAAAAUAACAGUGGAAACAAUCCUUUGUAGAUUUAGGAAUAUUUUUAAUCACAGUGUUGCACUAGGCACAACUAAUUUUUACUUUGGAAAUGAUAGAACUUGCCAGAAAGGUACAUCUUUUAUAUACUACUUAAAAAUUCCUUAUGUAAUGUCAAAGUUGUUUCAUGAUUGCUUAUUAAGCCCCUUGGGUUAAAUAACUUAGAGAUUAUUGGUAGUAUUAAGUAUUAAAAUGAAAUUUGAGUCAGCUAAAUUGUAAGUUUAUAUUUUCAUUAUUGAAUGGACCAAUAAUUCUGCUCUUCCUUGUCCUAAACAAGAUGCGUGGGGCCUUAUAUUAAUGGCUUGAUUUUAAAUAUGUUUGCAUUGAAUGUCAGUGAGCAGUUAGUAUAUUAAGUGAUAACCACAUUGGGGAACUGAUUUAGGUGUUUUAUGGUUUGAGUUCUAGCUACUUAUAAUGACAACAAUGAUAGCCGAUACUUAGCAUUUAUGAUGUGCCAGACACGCUACUAAAAAUUUUGUGUUAACUCAUUUAUUUUUCACAAAACCCUUUGAGAAAGAUAUUGAUUUACCCCAUAUCGUAGAUAAGGAAAUCGAGAUACAAAGAAAAGGCUGUAAAAAAGGCAGAUCGAAGCUUUGACCCCAGGCCUGGUGCUUCGUGACUUUUUUUUCUUUUCAAUGGACUGUAAUUUGAGAGAGAGAGAGAUUGAGGAGGUGGAUGGCCCAUUGAAACUGUUCUCAGUCUUUGUGCAGAAAUAGAAGGCCUGAUGAUUUCAUUUUUAUAUUUUAUUUGUGUCACUUAAAAUGACUCACAUGGUUUCCUUGAGAACUUUUUGUUACUCCUAAAGUGACCUACCUAAUGAGCUUCAGAAGGACUAAAUUAUAGUUGAACCCAGGAUAGGAUCCUGCUCAUACUUGAUGAGGAUCCUUACACAGUGCUUUAAUUUUGGGCUACUUAGUUCCACAGUUCUGGAGUAUCCACUGUGUGUCUGGCACUGUUGUCACUGUUAGAGUAGAUCAUAUCAAGACGCAGUGAGGACUGACACUUCACCUCUCUUUUUACUUAAGAUCUCUCUGCAUUUUGUUCUGUUUUGUUGUGUUUUGAAGCCAAGUAAGCAAGAAGAAAAAUGACAGAUAAUGCUUCAGUGAGAAAGGAAAGGUGCUACAUAGAGUAUGAGCUGUUAAGUUUACAACCCAGGGAAAAGACCUGGGAACUAUUGUACUGUUCUCUUGCAAAUUUGGCCCAGUAAGCUGCUACAUCCAGUUCGACUAACAAAAUCCUGUAUACCACAGAGAAGAAUAAAGAAAACCAAACUGACAAACAUCCUUCUUUUAUUUAAGACCAAACUGCAGCUGGAAUACCCAGUACAGUUCUGCUUACUACACUUCAAGAAAGAUCUGAGAAAGCGGAAAAAGAACCAAAGAAGGGCAGUUCAAGCGACCAAAGGGUGGGUGGAAGGUGCUGCAGUAUGAAUACUGUACGAAUAUUUUGACUCUGGUCUGAAAAGAUAAAAGAAUGUUAUCGAAACUACAUGGAAUAAUUGAAGUCCCUUCAAGUUUGAAAGUAAGCAUUUUAGGACAAAUAAAAAGAAAUUCAACUUUGUACUUGUGGAAACUAAUCCCUAAAUCUGAAUAGGUUUAUAUUGAUUCGUGGGUAACAGGUCCAUAAUAAACUAUUGGAAACUAGGAUGUUUGAAUAUCAAGGAAGACAGCCAUAGUCUCUUACAGUGCCUCUAUUGGUCUGUCUCAAACUGAAUUGGGUGAGAAAAGGUAUGGUCCAAUAUAAACUUUUUCUUGGUUAUCUCUUAAAGUCAGUUCCAUUUUCGCUAUUGGCAAAUCUUGCCUUUGUUUAUUCCAGUGCCAGUGUUUUUCUGCUUAAUGGUUUGCUUUGUUGGCAUCUGAGUUUAUUUACUUGUAUGCCAUGUGCAGUUUACAUCUUACACUCUCUUUUCCAGAUAAAUUCCAAUUAGAAUACUUGACAUCUAGCUAAGAGGGUCCAUCUCUUCUCACCUCUGUCCUAAGUCAGUAUAUUCAGCAAACAUUUAUUUACUGAGCCCUUACUGUGGGCAAAAAUUGUCCUGGGUAAUCGGGGAGAAAAAUAGAGAAAAUUGACUUAAUAAAUACCUACUGAGCACAAUCUAGUCAAUCAUUACAGUAUGGCCUCAUUGUUUUGAGGUGUAUUUUUCGUAACGAUAUUUUACACCAUUCAUAUCUUAAUGUAAUUAUAAAACCCAGAAUACUAUCAAUGAUCAUUUUGUGGUUAUCUGCCAUUUAAAAGUAUCCAGUAUUUCUGUUUGCAUCCCAUUAAUACAAAUAAUGAAAAAAUGAUGUUUUAAUCUGUAAUAAACUGAUUCAUUGUGCAGUGACUGUAAUAUACUAGAGUUAUAUUAAAUUGUUAACUCUGCCUCCUCAAACACACAUUAGGAAAUAAUCCCAAAAAUAAGUAACUUUGCAUUAGAUCUAAAGGAGACUCUGGGUGCUAUAAUUAGAUUAUUUUGAGGCAGACAGAGAGCUGUUAUCCCAACUGAUUUAGUGUGUUCUGAAAUUGAGAAAAUGUUCACCAGAUUAUACUUUUUAGUGAUUUACUUGUACAUUUUAUAGGGGACAUGUUCUGUGUAUAGUGAAUAAAUAACUUUUAUAGUAUCACAAAAAUGUUUUGGAUUCCUUAGUUCCUUAUUAGGAUAUUAAGUUUGUUUAUACAUUGAUUCUUCCAUCACUCAUACUUGAUUUUUGUCAUUUCUGCCACAUAUUUUAAGUUGUUCGUGUGAAGUUCUUCAUCUAAAAGUAUGGAAGUGUUUAAGCCUUUACAAAAAAAAAUUUGAAAGUUGCAGAAUAUACAUAACGGUUGGAGAUAAGAAAUGUAGGUAUUUUUAUCCGUUUGAUUAAAAAAUUUUUUUUCAAACUUGCCUAAGAUCACACGGCAAGUGGCAGAUCCUGUGUUAGAGUUAACGGUUUUUUCAUUUGGUUCCUGUUUUGUGCCUUUUUUUUUUUAAUCAAAUGGAAGAUUUUUUAUAACUUACUAAAAUUAAUAUAAUGGAAUCUAGAGUUCAUGCAGAGGGAAGAUUUAAUAGAUUUAUGAAAAAGAUUUAAUAUCAAAAAGUAUUUUGUUUGUACUUUGUGGAUGAAAAAGAGGUUAAAUGUAACCCAAGAUCUCAAGCUAUUGUGACUCAGGCUCUCCAUCCUGGCUUUCCAAAAUUUCAGUCGCAUUGUAUUGCAUUUUGACCAUAUUCUUGUUUACAAAAUCCUGAGAUACUUUGAAAGGAGGCGGCUGUGAUUUGAGACAGCACAAUGAUAGUGGAGGAAUAAUCUUAAUGGCAUUUCUACCAGGUCAGAGCUUUUAGGAACAAACUGUUGUCAUUGAUAAAUGAAGUAAGCAACCUACUUGUUUUCGUUCAACUAUUGACGUAGUUACUAUAGAAAAAUUUCCUUCUCCAGGGUUUUUGUCUCUGCCCCUUCCUCCAACAGUGUUGGUUAUUAUGUUUAUUGCAUUGUGUUUCUGUGUAUUCCUAACGGCUGUUUCACCCUUAUUAAAGUGGGAAUCUUUAUUUGGAAUAAAAAGCAAGGCAUGUAAAUUCCUUUCAUUGAUAAUUGACAGAGUAGUUUGUAAAGAAAAGGCCUUUGUGUCUAGUUUUUGUAGAUCCACAUCUCUUUGAAUGCUAGAGAGUGAAAUAAACAACUGGUCUAGGAGCCAAACAAUUUGGGGUUCCCCCCCCCCCUUCUCUUUUCCUUAGGUUUAACCCUGCCCCCCAGGUUUGUGGCUGGGUGGGCUUUCCUCAUUUGAGUAGGAGGCUUUAGAGAUGUACUUUGUCCCUCCUGUUUUGCAAAGUAAUUGCCAAUGAGAAUGCAAUUAAAGAAGCCAGAAAACUUA